UUGACUAACCGAAGUCAGUUCAAGGUAAAAUGGAUUGGUGAGCCAGGCCAGUCGCCGCUUGCCAUACUCAAAGGGCCAAUCGGUACGUUUGCGGUGACGAAACGUGAAAUUGUUAUCGGCAGGGAGUCAACACACUCCACUACGGAUCUCAUUGUUCAGGAGAACAACUAUAUAAGCAGGUGCCAUAUGAUUCUUUCUUAUACGGGCCAGCCAAAUCGCUGGAUUAUUGAAGUAAACGGGAAAAAUGGCGUGCUCAUCAAUGAUACCAUGUAUAAACGCGCUGAAAAACAACCUCAAUCUAUUCCUUAUCGGUACACAUAUUUAUUUACUUAUUGUUUUUGCUUUUUAUAA